AAUUAAAAAUGGACAUAAGGAGUGAUAGAAAAUAGAAGGAAAUUGGGAGGCAAAAGCGGUGCGUUUGGAUCAUCAAAGGCAUAUAGCUCUGUCUCAUACGCCAUUUUCUUCAUUUUCGAUGAUCAAAGGCAAUCGCUGGGGUAACAAAGAGCAACAGGCUCAGUCAAGUCCUCAAGAGGCUAAUAAUGCUUCAUUGUAUUCACCUUCUGUAGUCAGCUCACCAGGCUCUUCCCACCCUGCAACCCCUAGUUCAAACUCUUCCAGAGGCUUUAAUGCGCAUAGUCCAACAAACAGGCCAAGCUCUAUGUCCCAAGUUUCUCCUGCAGAGUCUGCUGACAUCAUUGCUGCUUUAAGAAACAAGAGUGUUAAUGAGCUAAAGAAGCUUGUUUCUGACAAGGUUGCUUGUCACAACUUCUUACUUUCACUUGAGGCUGUCAAGACACAGAAUAAUGUCAGGGAUGACCUUCGUAACGCAACUCUGCAGCUUGCUAGGGAGAAUUUAGAAAAAGAACCCUGGAUAAUGGAGCUUAGGAAUCAGUGCAGAAUUAUCCGCACAACUGAAUUGGCUGCUGCUCAAGAAAAGAUGCAUGAGCUGGAAAGGAGAAAAGAAGACCUUCUAAAGUCUUACUCUCCUGUAUCGCUUCUCCAUCAGCUACAAGACGCCAUGAAGAAAACGGAGGAAGAAUCUGAAGCCCUUCUUGGCCAGCUCCUUGAUCGAGAAAUUGAUCUUGCAACAUUCGUGCAGAAGUACAAAAAACUGCAAUGCAGUUACCACAAACGUGCCCUCACACAUCUUGCAGCGAAGGCAUCUUUCAACCAUAGUUAACUAUAAACUACUCGUUACACCUCUCUAAAACUGAUAAAGAAACAUUUCUGGCACGCUUAAUGUAAAUGUACCAUCAUGAACUACAAUAGUCCCAAUUGCUUCUUGUCACACAUGCUUCCUUCAUUUUCAUUUUCUUAGGUUUUCUGCAAAAAAAUUACAUACAUUGUAGGAGAUUGCUCAUUUCAUUUGAUUUUUUGUCAAUCUCAUCUUUACUUGUAACGCAUGAAGUUACCAUUGUGCACACGUAUAGUUGAUUUAUAAACUCAUGUUUGAUUA